AUGCAGCGCACGCCGCUCUCGCUAGCUUCGCCGUACAGCGCAAACGGCCUGCAGAAUGCUCCCAACGGAGAUUCCGACAACGAUCGUCAUCAUGGCGCUACGCUUCCCCGUUCUUCGUCCUUGGCAUCGCAUCUUCCAGCAUCUUUAGGCAUCGGCACACCUCAAAAAGCCGUCACGCCAUUAAGUGAGCGCCUCAAGCUCUCCAAAUCCACUUCCUCCUCCUCCUCCUCCUUGACCCGCUCCACUUCCAGUGCGGAUGGACUCCAAUUCUCCAAUGCUACGGCCGCAUCUGGCCGUGAUGCGAGCGACUACAGCUCUCGCCCCUCCCUUCCCAGCUGGGGCUCCUCCGGCUCCACCUCUUUCGCACAAACGCCGCGAGGUCUUUCUGCAAGCAGCAGUACCGGCUCUUUUGGUUCGGCAUCCUCGUCCGCCUCCUCGCGCAACUUUCUCGUCCCCAUCGGCGCAACAGGCGCACGUCAACGACUGUCGAUUGCCAAUGCAUCUCAGCAACGCAAGGUGUCUGCUACCGAGGACGGCACGUGGUCCGUCGACAGUCCGACGGGCUCUGUCGGUGCUCAGCCGCAGCCUCAUCAGCCACGGAACGGGCUGGGUAUUGAUCGAUCUCGAUCCGACAUGCACAGCCUCCAGGUGCAACAGCGCACGUCUAGUCAGGGCUUGGUCCGAUCUCCUACCACGAGUGCUUUGGCGCCACCCUCAGGCGCAGCAAAUAUGCGUCCAUCUGAAGAGUCGACUACACCGAUUGCCGACCCGGCAGAGCAGGUCCAACAAGCUGCUUUGAAGCGCCUCUCUUCGCAGCGCAUGAUGCCUUCCCCCAAGGAUCGAAACUUUCCCGACUCAGUACCCACUCGAUACUCGUCUGGUCGCCCAUCACCGUUCACGUCCGGUCCCUCGACACCUGAGCGCGAGCAGUUUCCAUCCGCCGUAUCAGCGAUCUCGUCGGCCACAUGGAGACGGACGGAGCCAGUGGCCACGAGCUCACAUCCUCCCGUGCAACCACCAACCGCCGUCACAGUUCCAGACCGGACCGCAUCCAGCCUCGAUCCUUCUGCGUUCCAGGGCGCAGGAGCUGCCACUUCGUUGUCCAACGCCGUCCCGCGUCGACCCGAACCGCAGCCACGAGGCGAUGUCCAUGACCUUGGAGAUGACGGAACGAUCACAUCGACACCCCUCACACUCGCCGAAACCUAUAAGCGCGCGAUGCUCGAGCGCGAAGCUGAGCGUGCAAAGUCGAUGCCUCGUCCUAUCAUGCCAUCGUCAAUCGCGUCUUCGCAAAAGUCAGCGCCGAUCUUGGACCUCAACCUGCCAAGUUCGAGCCUGUUUGCUUCUUCCGACGAAACCAUCCAGACAAGGCAAGACUUCGAGCCUCAACCAUCUGGCUCGACCCUCCCCUCUCGCAACGACGAGUUGAUGAAUGCAAGGACGCCAGCACGCACCAACGGCCCUGCAAGCAACUUGAUAUCCCAAUCAACACCCUUGCCCCGACGCGUUUCGAGGUCCACCCGUACACCACCAGCGCAAGAUGCUGUCGACUCGUCCGACGUGCCCAAGCCGCAGAACGAAGCGAGGGGCACUGCGGACGACAAUCGUCUGAUGACCGACCGAGCUUCCGCUACUGGCGUGCUCGUUGAUGGCGUGACUGACUCACCUGCAAGGCGUCCUCACGGGCAAGUUGCAGGCUCAUAUCUGGCUCUUCGUGACGAUGACGACGAUCGCUCGGAAGCUCAGAGCAAGACGACGCCCAAGCAAGAAACGAUGACGUUGAGAGAAGCUCGACAACAGGCACAGCGGCCCUUUGCAUCGACCCCUGUCAAAGAAGCAACGCCAGCUAUCCAACCACCACGGACGCCCCCGUCCGACAAAAGCUUUGUGGAAUUCUCCACACCCCCGGAAGAGGAUCUCACCACUCCGAAGGCGGAAGCUCCGUCGAUCGAAUUUGUAUCGCCAUCCAACGGUGUCCAGCACGCUUCUCAAGAGGUAGACACGACCGAGAUCACCGACGUAGAUAGACCCGGCAUGUCGCGCGAUCCAUCGCUCAAGACAUUGCAGCCGCCGCCCCACAAGCUCGAAGCGCAGCCCGCUCCUCGUGAAGAAGCGGCUCUCCAAGCUGGUGCAACGGCGGCUAAGACGACUUCUCCGAUCGUGCCAACCCAAAGCAACUUCUCGAACCCGAACCCGUUCAAAGCCGCGUCCCCUGUGAUCAACGGCGAGCGAACUGUGCAGGCUUCGGACGAGACGGCAGACGCAGCAAGAUGGAGACGCGGACCAGAGUCGCUUGCCACCUUCUCGCCACUUCAGCAGAGUCGCUUCUCCGAGGCCAGCACCGAUCUCUCCGACUCGCGAGCGCCCACACGCAACGAGGACCGCUGGUCGAGACGCGCUUCCAGCGUCUCGAGCAACGAUGCGCUCGAAGACGAGCCGAGUGACGCACAGAUGCUUCCUGCCAGCGCAUGGCACGAAAUCGAGAACGCCCUCCGACGCUUCCGCGACAAGGCAUCCAGUGGCAUGGCCGCGGAGCGCGGCAACCUCUUGCGCGCCAUCCUCUUGCCGUUCCUGGCCCUCGAGGCAGAGACGGCCACGGUCGAUGUCAUUGGUUACGGGCUCUAUGUUCAUGGAAAAGCAAGGAGAGCGUUGUUCUUCGACUGGAUCCGUUCGCUGCUGUUGGAGCUGCAGCACGUCCAGACGUCCGCCGACCGCGGCGCGCUACUGGAAAGCAUCGCUUGCAUCAUCGAGAGCCGCAAUUUCUCUGCCUCGAUCCUCAGCACCGAUCCCGAGGACGAAGCACGCUUUUCGUCCGUCUUUGGCCACAUCCUGUCCUACGCCAUCGGCGAGCUCAACAAGAAGGGCGUUUACCAGAACACGCUCAUCUUCUCGGGCCGUCUGUUGGCCGUCGCCUUCUUCAGGGUCAACGGUGUCGCCAGCAAGCUGCUCCGAGCGCUGCCCGUCAACCGCUUUGCCCUCGAGCGAGUGGCACGAGAAUUCAACUGGCAUAAGAGGAAGCCUACGGACUUUACACGCUUCGCCAACCGUUUCCCUCCGUCGCUGCGUCAGCUCUGCUUCAAGGACUCGCGCGAGUACCUCAAGAUGCUCGACAGCGAGUCUGUCAACGUCAAUGACUCGCAAGGUCCCGACGACGACAGGUACUUGGUAUGCCAGCCCGAGGUGGAGGUCGAGAUGUCCGGCAAUUGGCUGCGUCGAUGGCAGUCGGACGACUCGGAGCUCUUCUUCAGCUUCUGUCGCAGCUACCACCGACAGCUGGCUGGCUUGUUUGCAAGUUCCAAGUCGCUCGAGAGCGUGUCUAAGUACUUCUUUGGCGGGCCUGGUUACGCCCAUCUCGCCACCUGCGUCCACCAGAAGUGCUUGGCUCUGGUGCACCGUGUCAUCCUCUCGGUCACCACACUCUCCUCGCAGAAGAAUUUCAACCCGGCUGGCGAGACGGCCAAUGUGCUUUCGGGAAGCACCGCAGGCAAGCCUCGCAUCCUCGAAGCAGCCAACCGCCGAUGCACGGCCAUCGUGGUCGACAUUGUGCGGGCACCUGCAGGCACCAACAUGAUCUUCGCGCCUAUGCUCGGUCUGCAUGUGAAGGCACUGGUCAAGCGCACAUCGCUCUACGACGUUCAGGGCGUCUUUUGUCUGCUCGACUGGCUCGACGGAGUGCUCAGCCACAUGGAGUCGAACGAUCUCAUCAACGAGGGUCUGAUCGACGUCUCUUUCGUCAUCACCACCAUCGGCAUGCUCCUCGAGAACGCCGACCACGCCCUAGCCCUCAUGCGCACCAUCGCCUUCUGCUACGCCAACUUUGGCGUGCUGACAGCGACCGCCGAGAACCGCGUUCACUUUUGCGAGCAGAUCCUGCUCAAACCGGGCGUCUUCCAUAAGCUCUUCCUCUCGUGGUCGUUCACCAUCCGCGCCUACUACCUGCAUCUUCUAGUGUUCCGUCUUGCGCGCAUUGGCGACUUCCCGAAGCCCAAAGACGAUCCUACGGGCAAGUCGGCCAUCCAUGUUGUCCAGCUGUUCAACCAGCGUCUCGAAGCGCUGCGCAAGCGGCACGACAUGCUUUCGCCCGAGAUCGAGUCGAGCUCGGACGGCACCAAGUCGGACGACGGCACCAAGUCUGGCCGGUCGGGCUCGUCGACGUUUGUCAGCACCAUUAAGCGCACCUCGUCGGAAGGGACGAGUGUCGAGGGCAGCACCGAUGGAAGGGUCAAGGCGGAGAAGAUUAUGCCCAUGACCGCGGUCGCGCCGGCGGUGACUACGCCUCAGGCCAAGGCGGCGGAGGGCAAGAAGCCGGGUGGACAUUCCAAGACCAAGAGCUGGCUCAAGGCGUUCCGCGGCUCGGGCAAGGGGGAUGGCAAGGGGUCAGGUGGGAACUCGCCAAGACAGUCGCAGGCGUUGAGCUCAACGCAUGGCAAGAUGGGGUCGACCGAGUCGGACGACGAUACUAAGACGAUCGGCAGUUCGCGGACAACGCCAAGGACGUCGUUCGAUUCGGUCAGCUCGGAUGCUAUGUCGGACGUCUCGACGCUGGCAGGGAGUGUGCGGGCUGGCAAGACUGGUAGGAGCAGCAGUGGCGGGUAUGAGUUCGACAUCAAGGAGCAGCAGCGACAGCAGCAGCAGUCGGGUCGUCCGUCGUCAACAUCGCAAACGGCCAGCAAUGGGUCAAGCUCGUCGCCUUCGUCGUCGCAAAGGGUCAGCAACGGGUCAAGUUCGACAUCGAACAUCGCACCACCUCUCUCUCCAACGCACGACGCGGGCAUUGCCAAAGACACCGUGUUCGAUUUGCAGAACACGCAUGCGCAGCUGCCUACGCCAGGACGCACCCCACCGUCUCCUCGCAUCUCGCGCGCCUUCUCACGCCGCGCAUCCAUCCUGCCGGCACACGCAUCCGAGCUCGUCGCCGGCCUCGACGCCGAACCCGUGCCGCCGAUGCCCGACCUGCCCGCAGAGCACUUCGGUCUUGGCCUCACCGGCGUCCAUGCCGACUCUGUCGAGAGCUACAGCGAGAGCCUGCAUAUCUACGCCGUCCAAGGACUCAGGGAGUAUGAACAGACGGUGCAGGAGCACGAUGAUUUCUUUGCCUCGUUGGGUGCAGACCAGUCGACUCAGGUGCCUAGGCUGCCGGUCAAUUGGCCUGCCAUGUGGUCCAGUACGGGCGAGUGA